UUUAAUUAUCUCUUCAAUCCUUCUUUCCAACAUCCGUAUGUAUGUUGUCAUCAAAUACGAGCUGCUGACCAGAUGAAAAAAGCAAGUGGUUCGUGUAUCAACGGGUUUGAACCCAUUGUUGAGCUGUUGCUAUCAGGCAGAAAUAAGAACCCACAAGCAUUUCCCAACAAGUUGAUGUUCAAAGUUCUAACUCAAAAUCGGCCUUUCAGAAUAUAAUGUUAGGGGGCAGAUAUUGAGCUCAUGCUUUACUGCCUUUUGUGCAAGAAAAAUAAAAUAAGGAGUGAUCUUCUAUUGAUAGGAGAAAAAGGUCUAUCUUUAUCUAUAUGAAGACAAAGAAAGUGCUAUACCAUUUUACCUAAUCCUUUUAUUAACUCAUGGGGCGGCAUUUGGAGCUGCCAUUACGUCCCUCCGUUUUAUUAAACUUAUCAAUCCAGUUCCCCUUUAUGUGGAAAUUUAUUUGUGUUAGUGGUAUAAACACCAUUCAUUUUGGUGAUCAUGCUAUUUUAAUCCAAUUAUUGUAUCUGUAAGUGAUAUUUUUUAUGUUUUCUAUUGUUUUUGUUGAACCAGAACCUCUGUUUUCUUGUUUGCUUUCUUCUAGAUAUAAUUGUUAAUUAUGCACUUGCCAUGAUUCAAGUUAAAUAUUAUGGUUAAUGUUUGUGUGGUCAUCUUCAACUGCUCCAUAUAUAUUUCUCUGUAUUAUUAGCAUGGCCUCAGCCUGUUAACAAAACAUAAUGUUUAUCUAGGAAAUAGUAUCUCCAACCUUAAACUGUAUAGCUUUUAUUAUAAAAACUAGAAACUAAUGAGGUUUGCAUGACAAUAUGAGAGCGACAGAUUGAGAACUAGAAGACACACAGUUGCUAGAUUUUGUUACUUUCCUGUUGAGAUCUUUGCACUGUGACCUACUCCAAUUAAAUAACUAGUUUUUGGUUGUUGUAUAGUGGGAUUAGAGGAUCUAUUACUCUGCAUAUGAUCUGUUUUCUCAUUAUAUUUUAAGACCCAAUUCAAUUAUAUAUAUAUAUCCAGUUUGUUCAAUACCAUAGUAUUGUUAAUUUUUCUUUUUCCUUUUCACAUCCGCCAACCUACCAAAAAUGGCUGCAAAUGAUGUCCCAUGUUGUGAAACCAUGUUCUGGGUAUAUCUAUUGGCAUGUGUUGCCCUUGUAGCUUUCGCUGGCCUUAUGUCGGGUCUUACCCUUGGACUCAUGUCACUUAGCCUUGUUGAUCUCGAGGUCCUCUCCAAAGCUGGUCAACCUAACGACAGGAAAAAUGCAGAGAAAAUAAUGCCUCUUGUCAAAAAGCAACACUUGCUUCUGUGUACACUCCUAAUAUGCAAUGCCAUGGCAAUGGAGGCACUGCCCAUUUUCAUCGACUCACUUCUCCCGGCUUGGGGAGCUAUACUGAUAUCAGUCACCUUGAUACUGACAUUUGGUGAGAUCAUUCCUCAGGCAAUCUGUUCAAGGUAUGGGCUAAGUGUUGGUGCAAAAAUUUCACCAGUGGUUCGGCUGCUUGUUAUAAUCUUCUUUCCCAUUUCGUACCCCAUUAGUAAGUUGUUGGAUUUGCUCCUUGGUAAGGAUCACUCAGUGCUCCUUCGACGAGCAGAACUGAAAACAUUAGUUGAUAUGCAUGGUAACGAGGCAGGGAAAGGUGGUGAAUUGUCACGAGAUGAGACUACCAUUAUAACUGGUGCCUUGGACUUAACACAGAAGACUGCGAAAGAUGCUAUGACGGCUAAGUCUAAAGUAUUCUCUCUCGAUCUAAACUCCAAACUCGAUGAGGAUACAAUGAAUUCAUUAAUGAGUAAAGGGCAUAGCCGAGUGCCGGUCUCUUCUGGAAGCUUGUCAAACAUUAUUGGACUUAUUUUGGUAAAGAACCUAAUAAAGUGCCGUCCUGAGGAUGAAACGCCAAUCAGAAGUCUCACUAUUAGAAGAAUUCCCAGGGUGCAGGAUUCUUUACCACUCUAUGACAUACUUAAUCUGUUUCAGAAGGGGCACAGUCAUAUGGCUGUAGUGGUGAAGAAUAAGAAUGGAGCCAACAGCCCUGCACAAGGCGCGUUGAAGAUAGAUGUUAUAGCUUCACGUGAGGAGGGGAAAGGAAUGGAGACUAUGAUGAAGACUAAUGCUAGAUGUGCAUCAUGUGUGACAUGUAUUCAUACUGAAACUCAAAGUCCGGCUUCACAUAAUAAUGUAAUGGAGAAAGGAGGAAACCACUGGCAUGUGUCUACUGUCAAAAAAGGAGGACGAGAUUUUGAACAUCAUGUGAAUAUGGAAGCUUUGGAAUUUCAACCAGAUCCUGAGGAAGAAGUUAUUGGUAUAAUUACAAUGGAAGAUGUACUAGAGGAGCUCUUACAGGAGGAAAUUCUAGAUGAAACUGAUGAGUAUGUUGAUGUGCACAACAAAAUAAAAGUGAACAUGCUUCGAUCAGUAAAGUCUUCGCCAAGAUCUUUUGAAUCUGUGUCUCCAAUUUCUUCUCAUCAUCAUACCCCCAUCACGCGAUCGCCGAUUUCUCCAUACGUCCAAUCGCCAUUGUCUCAUGGGAAUUUGCCACCAACCUCUCCAUCUUCAUGCCGUGUAAGGCCUAAACUAUCCAUACCUCUAAAUACAUAUGCUAUAGCAAAACAGAUUCAGACUUAACCAUGCUUGCACUUUUUGCAGCCGUCAAGAAGAUCAUAUGAGAAGCUCAAAGGACCAACCCGGGGAUCAUAACUUUGGCACAAUCUUGACAAAAAAAAAUCUUCAAAUGAGGAAUGAAAACCAAUACUGCAUCAUCAAAAUCUUCUCGGUUGAAUCUUGUUUUUUCUCCCCAUAUAUAGCUCUGCUUGCUUUAAUUAUAAACUGCAAAUAACAAUGGAAACUUUCAACGUCUUGGAAUAAUUGUAGUGUUUAAUUUUAUGCAAAUCCUU